GUUACGGUUCUGCGGAAUCUACUUCCGGUUUGCUAACAUGGAGCGGUUUAUUGUGUAAACUCACAUUUGUUUUGCUUGAAUGGCAGGUCUAACUGAGCUGGAAACAUGCUGGGCCAAUAAUUGACUUGUAGUGUGUGCUACAGGUCGGAUGUAACCGGGUCGGCAGUGUAUUAUGUUCAAAAAGAUGACAGAAUUUGGUCCAGAUUCCGGGGGGCGCGUUAAGGGAGUGACUGUAGUGAAGCCGAUUGUGUUCGGGAAUGUUGCUCGGUACUUUGGGAAGAAGAGGGAGGAGGAUGGACACACGCACCAGUGGUCUGUGUAUGUGAAGCCUUACAGGAACGAGGAUAUGUCUGCCUAUGUGAAGAAGAUCCAGUUCAAGCUACACGAGAGCUAUGGCAAUCCUUUGAGAGUGGUCACUAAGCCUCCAUAUGAGAUCACAGAGACAGGUUGGGGGGAGUUUGAGAUCACCGUCAAGAUAUUUUUCAUCGAUCCCAAUGAAAGAACUGUGACUCUGUUCCACCUGUUGAAGCUGUUCCAGUCAGAUUCCAGUGCUAUGCCCAAGAAGACUGUUGUGUCUGAAUUCUAUGAUGAAAUGAUCUUUCAAGAUCCCACAGCCAUGAUGCAGCAGCUGCUGACCACAUCAAGACAGCUCACCCUGGGAGCCUAUAAGCACGAAACAGAGUUUGGUGAGCUGGAGCAGAGGACAAAGGAGAAACUGGAAGCAGCAAAGAAGAGAACAAGUGAAGAAAUCACAGAGCUGAAAGACAAACUAAAAGCCAGCAGAGAAAACAUCAACCACCUUAAGGCAGAAAUCCGGAAACUGGAAGAGGAUGGAGAUCACAAAGAGCACUGAGACACACACAGAGGUGUGACUCUCUCGCGAGACUCAGCUUGUAUUGUGUUCCUCCGUUCUCAUCUCUGAGUUCAAGAUUAUGUUUUGUGGCUUGUUUUGUGAUUUGCUACUUUUUGGUUAAAAUAACUCUUUCAUAUAGACAGGUUUUACUUGUCGCUGAAACCUCUAAAACUUGAUGUUCUGAUUUUAUUUGGUUGUUUUUUGUUUUUAAUAUGUUUUCUGAUUUUAUUUUAUUUUAUUUGGAUGUUGUUUGGUUUUAAUAUGUUUUCUAAUGUCUUUCUUGUUUUUUGAUAGUUGGUAUUCCACCAAAACAUUGCUGGAUCAGUAGAAUUAAGGGAAACAUAAAAAGCACUGUUUUCACAGUCUUUCACCACCACACACCAAUUAAGCCAGAAUUUGAUGGAAAGCCUUUUGUUUUAGGUGCACUGCAUAUAACAUUUUUAUAUGUACAUAAGGUUUAUCCAUAUCUGUAUGGAGAGACUUCAGGUUGCAACAUCAUCAACUACCUAGUUUUCAUAUUGAAUUAAUGUCAUUGUGCUUUUCUUUUUUUCUCGCCGGCUCUUUUUCUUAAUACUCAUGACACUUUUAAUAUAAAGUAAAUGUAUUAAUUAGUGCCCAUCUCUGUGUCUUAUAUUGAAAACAUUCUGCUUUGAUGAGCUUGUUCAUAAAAUGAACCCACAUGUUUGUAGACUCGCAUUGACUGAGGUUAAUAUGGACUUGAAUUGAUUUUAAUUUUUAGUUUCAUUAAGUUAGGCAACUGAUCAUUUAAUAUUCCCUAAAAAGAAAAGGUGAUAUUUGAUGUUCUGCUCAGGUACAUCGGAUCACAUGGAGAAAAUAAGUAAUUUUCUUUUGUGAAUAAAUGGUGAUUAAGUUUUCAGUUUAGUGAUGUUAGAGAUAAAAACCUUUCACUUAAUAUUGGUAUGAUCAUUUACAAAAAUUUUGGUACAAAUAAAUAUCUAGGUUUAUUUUAUUGUUCUGCUAACACGUGCCUUCAGGUAAAUUCUCCAAGAUAUUGUGAUCGAUUUUAAAAGAAUAAAACUUCUCAAUUAA